AUGGCUUGUUUCUUUCAUGUCUCAUUCUCUUCUGCGUUGAUGUCCAUGGCCUUAAUUUUCCUGUCCGUAAUUCCAUCUUCUAUAUGUCACCAAGUAAACGAAAAUGAUCUUGUAAACAUUUGCUCGAAAACCCAUGAUGCCUCUGAAUGUUUGAAUCUGUUCAAAUCGGAUCCUAGAAGCUUGAACACAGAUGAAAAGGGCCUAGCAGGAGUUGCGAUCGACCUUGCGUUGAAGAAGGCCGAUGCAACCCACACCCAGUACAAUCAACUUUACAGCGACUCCAGGGAUUAUGAACUUCAGGAAAAAUAUAAUUCUUGCUCCAAGAACUACAACGAUGCCAUUCGUGAUCUUAAGGAGGUGAAAAAUGAAUUGGAUAAUAAUCGUAAUAAGCUCAUUCAUGUCGAAAUAAAUGAUGCUCUGGAAGAAAUUAAUACAUGCAUAAGAGCAUUCGAGAGGGAUCAAAUCGACCCAGUCCAAAUGAAUUACCACAACCUACAAUUCAAGCUUCUUUGCUACAUGGUUAAGUUUACGACAGAAAGUUUGGUCUAG